AUGUUCGGCCUCACGCAGCUCUCCGCCCUGUCUCUCCUGGCCCUCUCCGCCGUGGCCCAGGACAACGCCGCCGCCAGCGCGACCUCGAUGGUGGCCUCGGCCGACCCCGCCCAGAGCGGCGGCAAAGUCGCCCCCUCCGCUUCCGCCGCUGGCCCCGCGACGUCGGGCGGCGCCGUCGAGGACGGACCGGACGGCAACGACGUGACCCCCGAGAGCGGCGGCACCAACCCUGGCUGGAACUCGACCUACUUCUACGCGCCGAGCAACUCGAAGGCGUACGGCUUCUGGGUCAACGGUAUUGAGAACAGGGCUAUCUGGAACCCUGUCAACAUCACCACCAGGCUCGUUCUCACCAACUCGAGGAAGGACUUCUGGGCUGGAGAGAAGGAGCUCCAGACGAACAUUGCCGGCGGCAUCGGCGAGUGGAAGGGCAUGAUCGGCGAGGACCUGCCCACGGGCCACAACUACCUCCUGGCCCUCUACGACAUGACGUCGGGCAGCAAGCUCGGCCAGACAUCGGGCUUCACGAUGCGCAUGAACGGCACGAUCGCGCCCCCGCCUCACCCCGGCGCGCCUGGUGCCUCCUCCAGUGCUUCCAACAACGCGCAACCUACCGAUGGCGCUCAGCAGUCGGGCGGUAACGCCCCCUCUGGCUCGGCCUCUGGUGCUGCUGGCGAGAGCUCGGCCGCCGCCCCUGCUGCCAGCCAGCCUGGUGGCGCCGCGCGUCUUGGCGUUAGCGGCGCGGCUGCUGCUGCCGCUGUUGCCGUCUACGUUCUUGCUUAA